GCCCCUCUCUCUCGCAGCGCUGGGGAAUGGAGGAGGAGGCUCCUGGUGCUGCUGGUGCUGCUGGUGCUGCUGCUGAGACCCCGGCUGGGGCUGCUGGUGCUGCUGGUGCUUCUGGUGCUGCUGCUGAGACCCCGGCUGGGGCUGCUGGGGCUGCUGGUGCUGGUGCUGCUGGUGCUCCUGGUGCUGGUGCUCCGACCCCGGCUGGUGGUGCUGGUGCUGCUGGUGCUGCUGGUGCUCCUGGUGCUGGUGCUCCUGGUGCUGGUGCUCCGACCCCGGCUGGUGGUGCUGAUGCUGGUGCUGAGCCCCUACCGGGGGCUGACACCGCCCCUCCACGCCGGCUGCUGGCACUGCUCGGGGCCAAACUCUGCACAUGGCAUAUUUUGAAGACGAUAAUUCUGGGCCAGAUGCUGUCCUUGUUUAUCUGUGGGACUGCUGUUACAAGCCAGUACCUAGCAGAACGCUACCAAGUGAAUACUCCAAUGUUUCAAAGUUUUAUCAACUAUUCUUUGCUGCUUCUAGUUUAUACAACAACGCUGGCAUUUAGGACUGGCAGUGACAGUCUUUGGCAAAUUCUAAAACAGAGGUGGUGGAAGUAUAUUUUUUUGGGACUGGCUGAUGUUGAAGCCAAUUACAUGAUUGUAAAAGCCUACCAAUACACGACCCUCACAAGUGUGCAGCUCCUCGACUGUUUCGGGAUUCCUGUGCUGAUGGCUUUGUCAUGGUUCAUUCUCCGUGCAAGAUACAGGCUGAUCCAUUUUCUUGCUGUUGCCAUCUGUUUGCUGGGUGUGGGAACAAUGGUGGGUGCAGACAUUUUGGCAGGAAGGCAGGACAGCGAAGGUAGUGACGUGGUGAUUGGAGAUGUCUUAGUGCUUCUUGGUGCUUCUUUGUAUGCCAUUUCUAAUGUGAGUGAGGAAUACAUUGUGAAAAAUCUGAGCAGAGUGGAGUUUCUAGGAAUGGUGGGCUUGUUUGGGACUAUUAUCAGCGGUCUACAGCUAGCCAUUGUGGAACAUAGGGAGAUAAUGAAAAUUCAGUGGAACUGGAAAAUUGCAUUACUGUUUACAGUCUUUGCCCUGUGUAUGUUUGGGCUGUAUAGCUUCAUGCCAGUAGUGAUUAAAGUUACCAGCGCAACCUCAGUCAACCUGGGUAUUCUGACUGCGGAUCUCUACAGUCUGUUCUUUGGGCUUUUCCUCUUUUUCUAUAAGUUUUCAGGUCUUUAUAUCCUGUCCUUCAUUAUCAUCAUGGUGGGCUUCACCUUGUAUUGCUCGACUCCAACUCGGACAGCAGAACCCACUGCCUUGCCACAGCCCAGCAGCACCGGCUUGGACAAUGCUGCACUAAAGCUCGAAGAGAGUGACAUUGAAACUCCUGCAGUAACUGUACAGUUCACAAGAGGAGAAACAGUGGUGGUCAGCACUGAUUAAAGAAAUGGCAGCAUUUCUAAACAGAGCUUGCUUUUUUUUUUACUGCCAAAUUUCCCUCAAAUAUUAAUCUGGAGAAUUGUUCUACUGUCAAGGCAUAUGUCAUGCUGUGCUGGUUUUAAUGCACUGGAAAGACUUUUAA